AUGUUCCCUUGGUAUCUCUUAAUUUUCUUGAAGAGAUCUCUAGUCUUUCCCAUUCACAUAAUUCCUAUCAACUCCUGCCAAAACUUCUUCAAAGCCAGUUCUCAGAUCCCCAGUUCUCACGAUGCCCUCACUGAUUACCAUGCAGACCCUCCACACUCAGGAAGUCCUCAGAUCCCCAAUUCCCGCGAUGCCCUCACUGAUUACCAUGCAGACCUUCCACACUCGGGAAGUCCUCAGAUCCCCAGUUCCCGCGAUGCCCUCACUGAUUACCAUGCAGACCUUCCACACUCGGGAAGUCCUCAGAUCCCCAGCUCUCGAUACCCUCACUGA